CGUAGUAUCGUAGUAUAUUUUUACUCUAUGGUUUCUCUGGUGUAAUUUUUAUGACAAGUGACAAAAUACCAAUCAAGCUUUCGCUGAAAAUAUAAACCGCACAGGAUCGUGAAAUAACAUUAAAAUAUCAGUACAAAACACAUAAGUAGAUGAAAAUACCCAAUAAUGUUUAAUUCAGAGAAUAAUCGUAUAGAUUCCGGCCGUUACGCUACUAAUUCGCAAUCGAUACAAUUUGGGCCAUGGCACGUAUCGUAUGAUAUUAGUUGUAUACUUCCAAGCGUGUGUUCUACCAAAGUUGUUUGUGAACGUGAAGAUGAUCAAUUCUGCCAGUUUUGUAUAUAUUGCAAGGAACUGUCAAUACCUCAUUUUCCUGAUAUGGUAUUCCCUAAAAACACAUUGAAGCUAGCUCACAAGAGUGGUGCCAUUAUACAGUUCAAUCCAUUAGAUGCACUCAAGUGUGUAGGAAAAAAUGAAAUAAUUGAGGUAUCAUGUGCAGAAGCUUGGCAGGAAGCAAGGCCUGAAUCAGAAAAGUUAAAAAAAGCAUUUGAUUGGACAUUUUCCACUGAUUACAAAGGUACUCUCACAGAUAAUAUUGUUGUAGAAGAAACGCAUGAGGUGAUUGAUUUUGAAAUAUUAAAACAAAGGGAUCAAAUAUUGUUCUAUCAUGAUUUGACACUGUUUGAAGAUGAACUACAUGAUCAUGGAGUGUCAAAACUGUCAGUGAAAAUUCGAGUUAUGCCAUCAUAUUGGUAUGUGCUUCUGAGAUAUUUCUUGAGAGUUGAUGAUGUGUUAGUAAGGUCUCGGGAAACCAGAAUGUUCCAUCUGCUUAAUACUGAUUAUGUCCUGAGAGAGUACACUUUUAAAGAAGCAAACGCAAAAGACUUGAAUAUGCCGACGUCACAAAUGAAGGAAGCUGAUGAUGUGAUACCGUAUCUCACAGUUAAAGAGAAAGUUACACACAAAUUGAUAGUCAAUUUUGAUUCCAAUUCUUAGGUGCUAAUGUUAAGCAUAAUGAAUUUAUUGAGAUUCAUUCAAUAAACUUGUUUGUAUGGUCUAAAACGUAAAGUGUUUUUUCGCAGUUGGUACUUGUAAGAAAAGUUUGCGCAUUCUGUUUAAUGUACUCUCAUAUCAAUCGCGCAUUAUGUCAUAUAGUCUCAUAUGAAGUUG